AUCCGCCUCACAUCACUUCCUGGGCUUUAAAAAAAACGGGGAUUAAAAAAAAAAAAAAAGAGGAAAGAAAAAAAAAAAUCCGCCUGAGCGGGUCCUGUGCUGUGCGGAGCUGUGGGGCUGUACCCGGUGCCGCCGCUGCCCGCGCCGACACCAUGAAGGCUCAGCCCGUGGCCGUCUCCGUCCUCUGCCUGUGCCUGGUGCUGGCGGCCUCCGCCGCCUCCGCCGAGGGAGGGCUCGGAAAGGGUUUUGGAGAUCAUAUUCAUUGGAGAACACUAGAAGAUGGGAAGAAAGAGGCAGCAGCCAGUGGUUUGCCUCUUAUGGUUAUCAUCCACAAGUCCUGGUGUGGAGCUUGCAAAGCUUUAAAGCCAAAGUUUGCUGAAUCCAAGGAGAUCUCUGAACUUGCCCAUAAUUUUGUUAUGGUCAACCUUGAGGAUGACGAAGAGCCCAAGGAUGAAGCCUUUAGUCCUGAUGGAAGUUAUAUCCCCAGAAUCCUUUUCAUGGAUCCCAGUGGAAAAGUCCAUCCAGAAAUCAUAAAUGAGAGAGGAAACCCCAGCUACAAGUAUUUCUAUACCAAUGCUGAUCAAGUUGUCCAAGGGAUGAAGGAGGCCCAGGAGAAGCUGACAGGUGAUGCUUUCAAACAAAAGCACCUGGGAGAUGAACUAUAAUGGAUACGCUAAAUGAUGAUUUUUCACUGCUUCAAAACUCUAAAAGGAAACGAUUGAACAGACUGAGAAUGUAGUUGCACUGAAGGGACAUAAUUCUCCUGUCAACAAUGUUAGGGUAAACCCUGUUUGGAGUUCACACACAUGCAUCAGUCACAGUGUUUUCUCCUCCUGCCUGGAAGUUUGCACUGUGAUGAUUAUUUGCAACUAGGUAACGUGCAAACACAUCCCGUUGUGUGUUUGAGCAACCACUAAUAUUUGGUGUUAAAAGGGAGGUGUGUAGGGAAGAAUAUUAUUUGAGGACAAACAGUGUGAUUAAAAAACCUAGUAGCAGCCAACCUUUUGACACCUAAUCAGGGUUGAAUUCUUCUUUUCUCACUGGUAUUAUGUGAUCCCAUUGUUUUUACUGGGCAUUGCCAUCAAUGGGGCAUCUUCCUAGGCCAGGUAUUUUCUAGAUAUUCCAAAACACGAAUUCUGCCAGUAAACCCAGUAGAAUACAUUUCAUGAAUGUCCAAGUAGCAUGUGAAAUUAUCAGCUCUGCAAAUGUAUUUUUGUGUAAAACUGUGUGAUUCACUUUUAUUUGCCUUUGGGCAGAAAAUUAACUUUUUCCUUAUGCACUCACCUUUUGAUUGUUCCAUCAAGUGAGGGUGGGUUAUGUUGAAGCUUUACGGGGUUUCCCCUUUUAUUCUUUGAAUGUUUUUUGGCGAAUGCCUUGCCAUCACAUUGUACUGUAUUUUUGUACCAGGGUGAAAAAAAAAAUAAACCUUUUUAAACAUAA